AUGGCCGAAGCAGCAGUGGAGAGACAAAAUGAGAGAUUUUAUUGUCAUGAGUGCAACAGAGAAGUCUCCCUUAAUGUACAAGUACGUUUCUUUACAUAUUGAUUUAUUUACUUUGAUUUUUCUCCAUUUUAACCUUACGAUCGUGCGGAAAUGGACGCUCAAUGUUGGUGAAUUUAAGCUUAGUUACGUAGUUUCGUUUUUACUUUUGUCAAUCAUUUGCGCGUGAAAUUGGCACUAUUGACAAUGGUUUGUAUCAGGAGGGCUUGCUUCAUUAGUUUAUGAUUUCGCGGAGGUAUCAAGAGCUUACAUAAAAGUCUUGGUCGGACUAUAAUUAAGGAAAAUUCGUCUGCCAUACCACCUUUAUCCAAAGCGAAAAUCGCUGUACGUCAUUUACCCACAUCACGAAUCAUUUUAACUUCCUCAUGUUGCAAGUUAUUCAAUGGAUUAUAAACAAAUCAUCCAAUCUUGUGCAAAUUUGUAACCUGUAACAUUGGCAAAGGUUCAUCUUAAAUCUCAUAAUAAUUUAUAACAUACAAAUUUAAUUGCACAACGACUUUGUGGUAGCCUUGUGAACUGUGUUGGUGAUUGCUUUUGUUAAGUUGACCAACAUCAUGCUUCUGGGAAGCUGUGUUUUAUAGUAAGACCCUUGUACCAGGCAUAUCUAAUCAAUCAUUCGGUAACAAAAAUAAAUCGAAGUUAAUCGAAUUUAAUCAAAUGAUUACCUUUGACCGCUGAUAAAGAAGGAAAUGAAAAACCUUCAGCAAGUAAAUCCUGUUUCGUCUUGAAUUAAUCGCCUCCUCAUUUCUCAUCUUAUCUCCAAGCAAGCAAGACUUAACACCGAUAUUAAGAGUGUUCUUGUUAUUCAUAGGAAACAAAGGAAAUUGAGAAUCAACCUAGGUUAAAUCAAAAUUAACUCAGGGGCGGAUCUAGGGGGAGGGUGCAGGGGGUGCGCGCACCCCCCCUUCCCCUCUGAGAUAACCUGCAGAUUUCUAAUACAACUGGUAUUCUGCAACAACAAAAAAAUACGAUGUGGUUUAUUGGUGUUGAAGUAGAGCAAGAGACGAGUGCUCCCCCUCCUAAAAAAAUCCGGGAUCCGCCCCUGUAACCUAAAAUCAAAUUUGACCUGUAACAUAUAUACACAUAUCAGUCUUUCUCAGACCAGAUCAAGGCUAUGAUUUGGAUGUAGUCAACAAUUUGUGUGAAGUUAAAUCAAACAAAAUCGAAUGGUUCAGUUCGAUUAUGUUCGACUUGUUCGAUAAUCAAACUCACGAAGAAAACCGUGGUUGAUUUUAUUCAAUUGCUGAAAUACAAUAUUAUUGAACAAUUACCUGCAAUUGAAUUUGAUAGACAUUUUGUUGGGUUUUGUUUGAUUAGAUAUGCCAGGAAUCUAACAUCAAAGCACAGGUCUAUUUACCGUAUUUAUUCGAUUAACCGCCCUGGGCUCUUAUUAAAUUUUUGGACCUUGAGAGUGGGCGCUUAUUCGAGGCUGGGCGCUUAUUAAAUUUCCACUAUUUUCAGCAAGUGUAGUAUGUUUAUUUUGUAACAAAUCAAAAAAAGGUAAUAACAAAACGCGAAGAUAUAACAAAGCAAGUUUCUGUAAAAUACUCUGAAGAAAAUUCCGUCUUCGGGGAAGUCUCUUAUUAGUACUUAUUCAUUUUGUUGGGUGGGAGGGGGAAGGGUGGUGGGUUUUGGUUGUGGGCGCUUAUUAACUUUUUCUGCCUUUAGGAUGGGCGCUUAUUCGAGGUGGGUGCUAAUUUGAGGUUGGGCGCUUAUUCGAAUAAAUGCGGUAUCACAAAAAUUUAAUGUUUUUAAUCAGUUAAGAGUUUGUUCUGUCAAAGAAGGGUAAGACAAUCGCCAAACCUUCCCAUGUAUCAAUCUUGACCCAGAGCUGGACAGGGGUUAGACAGCUUGCUUGCAGACUAAACCCAAUCCAAAUUAGUGUUCUCAAAGAAUGACUGAGGCAGACAGUUCCACUGAAUGGUUGUUCGUGGGUAGAAUGAGAGAUAAUGAGAGGAGGUACUGGUAGAUAAAAAAAAAUGAAGCUGUAGCUGUGAGAGUGCCGGGAUCUUCAGAGUUGGAUGUCUCAGGUACUCUCUGGCGUCGACUGGUACGAGUCCAUUGUAGAUCUUGAAAUUUUAAGGAGUGCAAGCCGUACGUCAGCUCUCCUCUGCUCCAGAGUUCUCCAGCCCAGGUCAUCUAGCACAUCAGUGACACGAGAAGUGUCAUGGUAUCUCCUUAAAGUCUACCUUGCGGCAUGCCGUUGAACCAUCUUGACCCUAUUGGCUCCAUUGUUUUCAACAUUUGGUCUGGGGUCCCAUAUUGUAGAGCGAUAUUCAAGUUGGGGGCGUACAAAGCCCAUAAAUGCCUUCUCACGUAAUAAACUAUAUACAUAUAAGAAUAGUUACUAAAAUUUAAUAUUAGACAACAGAACCUCAUACAAUAUGUGUGCUGGACCACUCCAAACACACAAUUUGUAGGUGUGCAAAAAUUUUCUAGAGGGAGAGGAAUUUGUCCACUUUUUAAAUCUCCUUUGUAUAAGAAAUACAUCAGCCUGAAAAAGAAUGUUCAGCACACACCACUCAAAGUAACAAAUGCAUGGAAACCAAUGAUCUUUUUCUUAUUUUGUCAGGAUUUUACCUGCUCACAGUGCCAAGGAGAAUUUAUUGAACAACUAAGUGACAGGUAAUAAUUUAUAUUCUUAAAAAAUUAAUAGCUGAUACCUGGCAUUAAACUAUACCGUAUGCAGGUCCCAGUGGACCAAAAUCUCUCACAGUAGUGAAGUAGUCACUCAUUUAAAAUCUUAACUUCAUUGUUACACCUUCCUUGAAGACCUUAUGAAUAUUUGAAUUUAGUGUAUACCAAGCCAUAAACAUCAAUCCGUGACAGUGAUGAUGAGCACUAUAUAUUUCCACAUAUGUCAUUAAGAAAAUCUUUCACUGGAUGUCAUCUUUGAUCUCAAAUAUACGUACGUGUAUAUGUUGCAGGUCAAAAUUAAAUUCAGAUUAAAAAUUUUUAACCUGUCUAUAUAAUUUUGAAAUGUAACAUAUAAAUAUUGUUGAUAGUCUCUUGUAGUGUCUUCAAAGUUUACUCUUAAUGACUAAUGUUUUGAUAUUGGCUGCCACUUUAAAAUAUUUAGGAACCAACAAAUGGCUCCUAGAAAAAAGUGAAUUUCAUGCCCUGGACUGAUACAAAAUGGGAAUGAGCACUGUAAACCUUUUUACUUUUUUGUUGCUGCCAUCACCUUUGUUUUGGGUGUCAUGUGGUAACAAUGAUUUUGCUAUUUAUAUUUUUGUGAGAUUUUCAAUCAUUGGUACAAAAUAUUCGUUAUUCACCAUCACUUUUUUCACUAUUUUGAUAAUAAUUUCAUUUUAGCCCAGAGGAAGAAGAUAGUUUUACCGAUGAAAGAGACCCUGCUGCACAUUUUGCAGAGGUUUGUAUUUUAUUAUCUAAUUAAUUAUUAGCCUGAGAAAACAGCCGAUAUUUUGCGAUGCCACCACUGGUCUGCUUGUAGAAUGUUGUCUGAGAAACAGGUGCAGAAAUUCCACACUGAUGAGGUGUCACAUCUGGGUAGUGCUUCUGAUUGGUUGAAGCAAAUUUUCCAUGCGGUACCACCAAUCAGAAACACUACCUAGAUCUGGGUAGUGACACAUCAUCAGUAUGGAAUUUCUGUGCUUAUUCCUCAGACGUCACUUCAUGGAGAAGCCAUCACUGGCAGGGUUUUCAGGAAGAGCCAGUGGCUGGUGAAAUUUGCCGGCUAUUUCAUGUGAACUUGCGCCAACUUUUCUUUGGAAAUUACCGCAGUUUAAAUAGAGUAUUCAUGUGCUGUCACUGAAUAAAAAAGCCAAAAUUUAAUGAUGUCUGUGUUCUGUUCAAGCACUCUAAUUUUUGCUCCAGAAUGCUGGAAAUGCACUCUAAGAGGCGUAGAUUUCAAUUUUUUUCCAGAAACUCCUGCCUUUUCUGCAAGUUUUUUCUACUUCUCCACCUACUCCAAAGCUUUUGCCAUCUACUUAAAACCUUAUUAAAAACCCUGAGUGGUGUCGGAAAAUGUCAGCUGUUUUCAAGACACAGUUAGGUUACUUUAAAAUCAUUUGAAUCUGAACAGCACUCCAGUAAUCACUGAUUAUUACCAGCCCUAAUGCAAUACUUUUUUUCUAAAACCAGUGAAUCUUAACAAGAACAUGCCAAAUAGAAGAUAAAAAGUGAAAAAUCUAUAUUAUUCAUGGUUACCACUGGUCAAGAAAUGGUCAGGGAAAAAAAUUUUUUUUAAGGUCAGGGAAAGUUUCAGGGAAUUUCAGUUUGAUAGUUUAAAUGUAUGAAAGAAAUCAAUUGAAAAUGAAAUUUUAAGAGUACAUAUUUAUUCUUUUCCCUUUACAUUUAUUGUUUUCUUAUAAAAUUAUUUGAAAUUUUUUUCUACAUUUUACGGACAUGAAUCAGGUUGUAGUGUUGUUCAUUGUCGAUUGUUAUUGUUGUUAAUUUAUUGUUCAAAAUUGAACCACAAGUUACAUCAAGGAACUAUCAAUUCAUAUUCACUGUACGUGACUUGCUGAAAGUAUAAAUAAAUGAGUGGAGAGGAUGGCUGUGAGGGAAGAGUAGAGGUAUUAUCAGGACUAAUAACUGGGAAAUUGGUUAAUUCAGGUGGUCAAAGAAUGUUACAUUUGUCAGGGAAAAGUCAGGGAAAAGUCAGGGAAUUUAAGAAAUCUGUGGCUGUGGCAACCAUGUUAUUACAUUACUGUUGUAACUUGGCCUCGAUUGUGACCUCCUCAGCUCUGAUACCAUUGUGGUAGUGACGCUUCCAGCACAUGCAAAGCAUGCACCAGCAGAAUCUCAUAGCUAAGAAAAUUUGAUUACCUAUCCAUCCAAGAAGUUUUGGUGGUCACUUGAUUGCUGUCUGUCCAUCCUUCUGUCCAUCCACCCAUCCAUCUGCAUCUAGCUAGUGUGGGAGCUUGCAACCUGAUAUUGCUUGUCCAUUAUGUGGUCAAUUGAUCAACUGAUCGCAAGCUCAACUCCAAAUAGAUUUCUUUGCGAUGGUUACAAGUUUAUUGUUUGAAGUAAAUUAUAAAUUUCUUAAUGGAAGCUUUGAUUUUGUCCUUGGCUAAAUUUAUAUAUUACUAAGGUCGUUAUUAUUAGGAGUUGUCACAAUGAGUCUGUACUUGAGUACAUGUACAUGUAGUUUACUUGUGGAGAUAUCAACAUUUUUUACAUGUAAAUUGCACUACCUGUGAAGAAUGUGUUACCUUUUGUCUUGAACUAUUUAGUUAAUAUUAAACUUCUUUAUAUUUUCCAGAUUCUUCAGAGAGGUUUGUUAGGUGGACUGGCAGCAGGUAACUACAAAUACUUUUUCUUUCCCUCAUGUUCAAAGACAGUCAUUAGGAGACGAAUAUUUAGCGGGUGUGGUUUGGGGUGAUUUCAGGAAAAAAUAUUCUGAAAACAAUAGCCAUAUUAACACCAAAAAACAGGGGAAAACUGAUUUGAUAAGGUGUGGAUAAAAUUCUAGCCUAAACUAAAUCAGCAAGACUCGAAAAAGGAUGGAAGAAAUCUCACCUUAUGUACCUAUAAGCCUUCAUAGCUUCUUGAGACUUCCUUGCCUUUUAUUCGUAUUUUACAAUUUAUAGAAAUUAUUAUGUAAUAAAGGCAAACCUUUAUAAUAACCUUUAGAACAAAAUUUAGUUUGAUAGACACUGUAUUUAAAAUCAUCAGUGCCAAUUAAAACAAAAUCUAAAUGUAGAUUGCAUUUAGAAGUAAAAGACAAAUUGAUUUAAGGUUUAAUAGUUUAUUAUGGCUUUUCUCAGCUUCUGCUGAAGAGCAGAGAUUGAGAAGAUCUCGAAGACCUCCAAGGACAAGAAUAAGUAUUCGGACUAACAGAGGGGGGGACAGAGGAGAUGGAACAAAUGCUACAACUGCAGCAGCAAUCGAUGUGUAAGUUAGCUUGAUUGUGAGUUUAAUUUUUGAAUAGUAUGUUAGUAAAGCUGAACGAACUCAAGAUGCAGUUAUCUUGGCAGAUAAUAAUUUUGUAUGUUUUGUUGACUCAAGCAAGACACUUCUUUAGACAUGGUUGUCAAUUUAACUUUUCAAAUCUUGAAAAAAAUCCUUGAAAAGUUCCCAUCCCUCCAUCCCAGCCAAGGGAGGUUAUUCUUAUGUGCAGUACUUGUAAUAUGAUCAGCUAAUGGCUGAAAUAUAAUUUAUACAAGUUUGUUUAGCUCAGAUUCUUUUCUUCGGAAGGGAAGGGACUUAACAGGACGCAUUUUGAACGGCCAGUUUUGUCUGGCUUGGUUCAGCAAAAGUAACAAGUCGAAAGAGUAAACUAGAAGAAUGUUGAAAAGUUGAAACAAAGUUCAGGGAAGAAGGAUGUGUAGGAGGGUUUCCCUUUGUUUCAUUUAGUAACUUAUAAUGCUACUGCUUCAGAAUUAGUAAACUCAAAAAGACCUUUUAAACUGUAACAGGAAAUUAAAGUACCUAAUUUUGUGCUUAAAUCUUUUUAUCUGCAUGUACCUUUGUACUUUUUAAGUAUUGCUGUAUUGAGUGAUGUCAUGUUCUUCUUUUAGAAUCCUACAAAAUCUGUUUGGAAGUAUAGGAACACAAGGUAUUUUCAUUGAUAAUAUUCUAAGAUGAAUAUAUUUUUAAUAUUCAGCUUUUCUUUUUUCUUUUGGUUCAGAAAUAAUGGUCUUUUUAUACAAGGUGAAUCCAGGGUAGUGCUCAUGAUUAGUGGCUAACAUUUGCCUUUGGGCAGGGUCUUGGGCUCCUCCUAAAUUUUUCUUACAGCCAAGCUCUGCUCUCCAGUUUCCACUGUAUACAGUCAUAUUACUUUUCAGACAAAUAAUGAAAUAUAUUAACUGUCUCCAAUUUGCUGCAAUUUUUGUUGGGUGGAGACUGUUUAUCAAGACGUUGACAAUGAGUUUAGUCAUCUAUGAAAGGAGAUUUAGUUGUACAAAAUAAUAUAUUAUGGGGGGACACAAAUAACAUUGCACUGGAACAACAUAUGCAUUUAUGUACUCUCUAAUCCAUAUAUUUUAUGCACUUUGUGCAGUGAAACCUCCAUGUGCGACCAUCUCUCAUAAGCAUCUACCUGUGCAAAGCAUUAAAAUCGCUCCAAUCAGAUCAGAGAAACCUCUCUUACUCCCAUUCACCCCUGGGAAUUUUGCCAAAGAACACGUUUUGAGGCUAGUCAAGCGGGUUCCUAGUCACCUCAUGUCUGGCUAUAAAGAGCUUAAAAUUGCCAUAAAACAGUUUACAAUAAAUUCGUACACAUUUUAGCCUUCUUUGUGAUCCAGAUGGAAUUAGCUUGUGAAGUUCGGGCAUGCACAGAAAGCAAAAUUUCAAGAUAGUUUUGGGGUUUAAAAGUGGCACAGCAGUGUUGACUUUUUCUUUUAGCAUCUUCUCCCCCUCUUCUUUUGCUUUUUUUACCUCACUUUUUUUCCUUUUGCCGGGCAUUUAGUAGGAGUUAUUGGCAGUUCAGGGUCAAAUGGGUUAAAUGGCAACCUCCCAUAAGUCACCGCAGCAACUUUCUGGGUUGACUGUUUUAUAAUUUCCCAUUGUUUUUAACCUCUGUUAAGCAACCAUGGUCUGCUCUCUAUGUUUUCUAUAAUUAUGCAUUUCACUGCUCAAGAUACACAAAGUACUUUUUGUGACCUGAUAGAACUUAACAUGUUGUGGCUUAGACAUUGCAUACAUAAAAUAAAGUUGCUUACAAAAAGUAGAUGUGACCUGAGCUCCUCUUAGAAGAGCCCCUGUGGUUGGAUUGCUGUGAGUGAUCACUACUUCAUUGUAAAAUUCUGGGUGGUCACCUAUGGCCAGUUCAGCUGUACAUUUUGUAUGUCAGUUUUUCCACAAAUCUAGAUUUUAUUUAGUGCAAUAUGUUUAUAAAGUUCCUGUAUGAGUGGAACUGAUGAUUUUCAUCCUUUUUCAGUCUCUUUUUUUUUGGAAAUUAGUUUGUGUUGUUCAAUUCAGCUUUUAAUGCUGGAGUGAUAUAACAUGUCAACAUCAAAGGUGUUGAAAAGAAGCCCCCGCUUAAAAUUAUGACUGAGUUUUAAUAUUAUAAGCACUUGCAGUAUUUAAUUGAGAAACUGUUGUAUGAUGAGAUAGUAUUGCUGCUGACUGUGAAUGACUCCAUUGUUUGUUUCAGGACCUACAAGUGAGGAUGGAGCAGGUCCCUCGGGUAAUUUUGCAUUUCCUUUGUAAGUAUCUGAGGUCUAUAAUUUGUCUCACAUUAUAGACAUUGAAUCAUUGUAAAAGUUAUUAAAAUUAUCUCUCUUGGUUCUCAAGGGCUUCAAUUGCAAUACCAUUUUUGAUGAUAAUCAAAGGAAUAGUGAUGACAAUGACACCGGCACAUAUGUAUUCUACAUGAAACUCUUCUAUUAAAACUGGCCUGAGCAAUCAGUAUAUGAGAAUACUGCUUCCUGAUUCAUCAAUUCUUUACUCAAGGGUUAGGUGGAUAAUUUUGCCCUGAAAGAAAUACAAUACAGCAUGUAGCACAUAUACUAAGCUCCCCAUGUAUUGGAGACAGUAUUGGCCAGUGUUGGUUAUUUUUUAAUAAUAAUGCAUGACUGUGCCUCCAGAAAAUAUCUGUGCACUGCUCAGAAAAGAGAGGUUGUAAGGUGAAAAGUUGGUUGUUGUGUCUCCAGAACCAGUGUUGUUCAUGUAAAGUAUAAUAUGAAUAAAACUGAGAUUUCCAUGGGAUUAGUAGGUAAGAAUGUUUUCUGGAACUAUUGCUUAAGUUUGUACUGUAAUACAUGUACAAACAACAUCAUUAUUGUAAUGUUGGGAACACAGUACUCGUGUUUUCAUCCUUGCCACCUAAGUGACUUGCUGUCUCUCUUUUUUUACCAUUUAGUAACAUCCUCCGUCUCCAUGGCAACCCUGGUGAUUAUGCGUGGGGUACAGAAGGAUUGGAUUCAAUAAUAACACAGGUCUGUGGCUGCAUUGCUCUUGCAAUUAUCUAGUCAAAGUAUCAAGCUUUUAAGGGUAUGCUAAUAAGCAGUAAUGAAUUACCAAGAUUUUAUGCUACUGGUAGUAUUACACAUGAUAUUUUAGCAAUUACGUGUACAUGUAAGGUUAUUGUCUAAACUAUACCAGAAAACACAAAAAGCUAUCCAGUAGAGUAUUAACAGUAAUGGCCUGGAGCUGGAACAAGUCAUUCACACACAUUGGACAUCAUAGCAGAGUGGUUAGCUAAAAGAGUUUGGUUCACUUCAUCCCAUAAAAUCCUGAAAAUUUUCUUCUGUCUGAGUGGGUUCCAGUCCUUGCUCCUUCUUUUUCAGUUCUGCUACAGUCUGAACACCUGUUUACACUGCUCCAAAGUGUGGUACAGAACCUAUCCCAUAUAUGGAGCUCCAUUUUCAUGCCCAAAAAUCAAAUCAAAAUCAAAAUCAUGCCCAAAUCACCCGUCUUAUGUCUUAACAGGGGCCCUAUUUAGUUAGGUUAUUGUUUGAUGUCAUGUGGCAUUUUUGUUACCAAUGAGCAGGGUGUUCAUUAGGCAUCAGAGAUCAGAGAAAUCCUGGUUUACUACACAGAAUUCUCCGGCUAAUGGCGAUAGCAUAUGACUAUUUUGUAUUCAGACUUGGAGCCUCUUUCACAAUAUUCUCCUGUAAAUUUUCACCUUUCUCCUGCUACAAGAAUUCUUAGUGAAAACCGUGAAUGAGUGACUGUGUGUGUGUGCGUGUGAGUGUUGGGAAAUAAAUACCAUCUAUAAUCAGUGUUGACUAUUUUGUAUUCAUUAAUGUCCAUUUUUCUGAAUUAUUAUGAACAGCUUUUAAACCAAAUGGAAGGAGCUGGACCACCUCCUGCAGACUCAGAGAGAAUAGAAACACUUCCAAAAGUAAUAAUUACACAGGAAUUAGUAGGUGAGUACAGCCUGUCUUUGAAUGAAUUCUAUUGCAGACUCUCUCAAUUUAUUUCUUUAUACAGUCAAACCUGUACAUGUAUAUAAUGGUCACUCCCCGGAGGGGGGGGGGGGUACUGCCAUAUAUGGGCUAUAGAGGUAUGUGCCGCUGUAAAGGGUAUGGUUUUCAAGCAGUUUACGCUAGGAUAGGGUAUAUAAAUCAGAGCAUUUGGGUCUUGAAUAGGGUAUCAUUUUUCAGGAAACUGAUCAGUUGGUUGAAGAUUUUAUCUAGACUAGGGAUUGUGGUAUAAGGUUUUGUUUUGGCUAGACCACUGUGCUAGUGACCUCAGUAGUUUCUGGAAAACAGCUACUCUAGGAUAGGAGGGAUUUGGGGAGUUUGCUAUAGUACAGGGUAGCAAAAUUCAGCUGAACUAGCUCUGGUAUAGGUUAAGGGUUCCAGGGUCCCAGCGGCACAUCCCCACCAAGAAAUUCCUAAAGUAUCCCCCCAGGGGGUCACCCUCAGGAACUGGCCAGUUGUCCGUUAUAAACAGGGUGACUGCUAUACACAGGUUUCCUUAUAAGUGUACUGGAAGCUAAUGAAUAAUUCUUUUAUGUAAGAGAUAAAGCCCGAGAACGGAGGUAUUAAGCCAUAUACAUCCCGAGGGCCGUAGGCCCGAGGGAUGUAUAUGGAUUAAUACCAACGUUCGAGGGUUUUAUCUAACUUAUUUCAUGAUAUUAUUCAUGAGGUAUAGGUUACAUAAAGGUCGUCUUCACAGGGCAAUAAUUGGCCACUUGUUUUUGACAUCUGUUUGUUUGUCAUUUUUUGAUCCGACCACAGACCAUGACGUAUUUCAUUGUAAGUAUUGUAAAGGUUUUCACACAGCAUCGAGAAAGGGCGUUUCACGGGUCAUAAUUUGUUCAAACCACUUGUUCUCACUUAGGUGAGAAACGGAGAACAAUAGCGCAUUGUUUGUUUGCUAAGCCGACAACAGUCAAAUUUCAAACCUUUUGUGUUUUUUUAUUUUUGUCUUGGUAUUUUUUGGGGGGCCAGUACACUUGUGAAAGCGGCAAUGGAUAGUGACGACGAAAUUUUCCAAACGCAAAUACUUUCUCUCAGGAGCCUUUUUUCCCUGAGUUGAAUUUGGAAGAGUUAGUGGGAGACUUUAGAGAAGUAAGCAAACGAGAUAGUGUUGAAGUCGAAAAGAAAGAAAAUCCUGGGCGUAAUAUCGUUGUUGUUUGUGAUAACGCUGAUAAAGCUGAUAUUUUGCAUUUGAAACAGAAGGCUGCAAAGGGCUUGACUUAUAAACAACAUUUUUACUUUUAUGACUUUAAAAUAAAGGUAUGCUGUAUUUUUUUUCAUCUAGAUGCCUGUGUGGACUGUGCUGUUUGCCAAGAAAAGUUUUCAUUAGAUGAAGAAGUUAGGCAAUUACCAUGUAAACAUUAUUAUCAUUUUGACUGCAUAGAACCUUGGUUAAAAAUGGUGAGUGUUAUGUCAACCUAUAUGAAUAACAUUGAAGGUUACUUUACUGACUCUAAAGGAAAAAAUUACGCUGUACCCCGAUGCAUUGUUUAUACAGAACCAUUGCUAGAAGAAAGGUGAAUAGCAUUUCUGAGAUAGCCAGAGGGUGUAUAAAACUGCACUUUUCAUUUUUGUAGUCUAGCACAUUUCCUCUGGACAAUAACUCAAGUUGUGCUGUGUUUUUGAAGAAGGGCACUUAAUCAAGGGGCAGCAGGUAUUCAUUCCAGGCCAGAGGAUUUUUCAGGUCAACAUGACAACCUAUUUUGUAUAGUGUAGAGUGUAGUUUUUCCCUUCAUGAAACUAAAUAUUAGGUUCAAUUCAAAAGAACAGGUAAUGUUCACAUGAUAACUCUGGAGGUGAACUUAAAGUGAGUUAACAGAAACUGUUCACCCAUGUUGAUGCUAGUACAGUAUAGUAAGUCAAUGAUAAAAGUCUGUGAAAGUCUGCUUGUGAUAUCAAAACUGCCUAAGAAACUGGGUAGCACAUAAUUUACUAUUUUGUUCAAGAGGUGGGUACUUAUUUUUGGAGGUUGCUUAUAAUAAUUAUUAUGGUAUUAAGGUGUCUCACAGAAGACAUUAUUUGAUUAGGUGAAAACGUUUUCUGAAAACAAAACUCAUCACACUCUGUUUUCUUGCAGCAUGACUCUUGUCCAGUUUGCCGUUUAAGUCUCAGUAGCACACAGACAAGAGGAUCAUGA